AUCGUCCGUGCAGGCCCUCCGCGUGUCGCCUGGUGUCUUAACGUCCAUUGUCGGCAUACAUAAGCCAUUGUUCGCGCCUGCUAUUACCUACUGUUAUGUUUGCCAGUGCCUUUGAGCCAUUGUCUGGGCACGGCUAGUGAAAGCUUACUUUUCACUGUCAUCACAACCAGUUAUUUUCUGAAAGCGGAGACCCUCUCUUUGUAUCAUAUUUAGCCAUUGAUCCAUUUAGCGAUGUAUAAUGUGUGCUUAUCCACUGCCAGAUGAAGGAUUCCCAGUCGACUAAUGUGUUUGCAUUGCUGAAUAAAUGAAUUGUCGUCAGCCAUUGUCGUGUAAUCAUCAUCAGCCCUCGUCUGUGCACGGCUACUUACACUCGGUUUAUCCAAUGUUUGACGAAGGCUGCUUUGUUAUGCCAGGGAGAAGUAAUGCGCAGUGAACCGCGCCGCCUGAGUUCAAUUCCUUGCCACGGCUAACAUCAGUUGUGGCUCACAAUCCGAACCGACCGUGUGGCAUUCCUACUUCACCAUCUCCCAUUGGCCAGCGAGGUGAAGUAUGGUCAGACAACCCCCGUGACCGACAGCGUGGGGAGGCUUUCAAAUGUCAAUGGGUUGACCACAAAAGGCUGUAAGUCAUUCGGAGCAACCGUUUAGGCUUAGCCACUGCUGUUUGGCGACUUAAUGAGCAUUAUUCACUUUGGAAGGGCAAGCAUCCUUAUUUCAUGCACCGUUAUCAACAUGCUGGAUGAGGCCGUACCUGCAGGCCGGUUAAGACAUGAAGAUUUUUCACUCAGAAUCCUUAGGAAUCAUUGAGCGCGCGUCUCCGCACUGCUGUAUGAAGGCAUGCACUGAAUAUCACCGUCAGCCAAUGUCUAGAUUUUUAGGCAAGACAUCAUGGUUAGCGCUUUGCAGUCCACUGGUUUAUGAAGGCAACACCACCAUCUUCGUUAGUCAUUGCCUAUCUGCUAUUUGAUGGAAUGUUUCCCAUCAUCCAGCUUUGAAUUGCGGGCCAUGCCCUCCCUGUGCUGGAUUUCCAUGACUGAGAUGUAAUUUAAGUGUUUUGGACUUUAUGGGUUUUACUUCUCCUUUAUAGUGCACGGUGUUGUGAUAAUCUUGAAACACCCUUAGCAUCAUCAACAUCUGGCAUUGUGCAGCAACUCAUAAUGAACAUCUACAUCAUCCUUGUCUGUGGUCUACUAGAUAAAAAACGUGAUCGCAUGAUUGUUCACCGAUGUAUGAAAGGCUCUCCAUCUCGAAAUCUACGUUAUCUGCUUUAAGCCGUUUGCGCUGCUGUCAUUCGAAUCACCAACUACUGCCAGUGUCUGUCCACUGAUAAAUGAAUGCAUCGCCGGGAAAAUACCGUCAACUACUGUUUAUUGACUAGGUAUAAACCUCGUUUUCAGUCAUUGUUUUUCUACUGUUGUAUGAAGGCCUCCUCACACCACCGCGGUCUCAGAGUCCUGCAGUUUUACAAUCCAUCUGACUGCAAUGCGAGAAUAAAGAAGAUCAUGCAAACAGAUGAAGAAGUCGGGAAAGUGGCAGCUGCUGUCCCUGUCAUAAUCUCUCGGGCCCUGGAGCUGUUUUUAGAGUCUCUCUUAACCAAAGCCUGCCAAGUAACGCAGUCUCGAAAUGCGAAGACCAUGACCACAUCCCACCUGAAGCAGUGCAUCGAGGCUGAGCAGCAGUUUGAUUUCCUGAAGGACCUCGUCUCGUCCGUGCCCGACGUUCAGGGGGAGACGGAGGAGACCAAUGCCGACGGGGAGAAGGUCGUCAAAAGGGGAAGACCUUUGGCAAUUCGCGACCGGGAGUUCUGCAGGGACGUCAGGAGAGGUGGCCCAGGACGAAAAAAUUCAAACGGAGAGAGGAGUGGAGUUGGAGCAAAAUCCAAAGACAAGAAGCAGUCUGAGUCGGACUCAGACCAGGAGGAGGGCUCAGAGGAGACCGUGUCGGAGGAUGAGGACGAGGAGGCGUCGCAUUCCAGUGCUGACAAAGCAGGAAACAUGGCCAACCUCGCUGGAGCGAGCGCGCCGGGCUGCCGCUUCUUCCCGCUGCCUGUGCCGAGCGUCGCCAUGCCGACCCCGCCGGUGGCGCGCCCACCACCGGCGGCCGACGGCGACGACGACGAUGACGAGGACUACGACUCCUAGGGGCGGCCGAGCGUCGUUCCGUUUUAACCCCAUUCAACACGUGUACAAUUCAUUUUCUUCACCCACCACCCAUGUAAUUUUUCCCAUUUGUUUUUCUUUCUAUACAAUGAGAUUUUGCGAAAGCAAGAAAACGCAGGAUUUUUUUUGUUUCGUUUUUGGUGUUCGUGUAAUUACUGGCGUGGAUGGGGGGAGAGUUGCGUUUGGCUGCCGUUUGCAUUGAUUCCAUUUGUGCUUUGCACAAUUUAAAGUGCUGGUGCAGGUAAGGAAACAAUGGCUUGUGAUCUUUAGUUUUUGCUUUGCUCCCUUACCUGCCUAAACUUAAAGAUGUUAAUUUGGCACGAAUGGGUCAGCAGGUUGGAAUGCAGCGAGUAGGAGAUGUUGCAUUGAUCGUCAUGCCACUCCAGGUAGCAUUGCAUGACGCAGCAGUGCUAGCCAAAAUGCUUGUCUAGCGAAUUAUUAUUUACAUUUUUGGAACGUGUUCACUUUUGAAAAUACAUGUUAUCGCACUUGUUUAAUCUAAACUCUUGGGGCUGGCCCAGACAUUGGAACCAAUGCAAAGCCACCGAACGUCAAACUAGUCAUGUGUACAUAGAGUUUUGUGACUUGGGUUUUAUUCCUGCGGAUGUUUUAACUUUUUAGAUUUGUAAGCCUUGUAAAGAGUUAAUUUGGUUUUACUUGUGCUUCUCAUGCUGUGUAUGAUGGACAGUGCCCUCACAUAUACACAUAGUACAACGUGGCCGUGAUUCCCCCAAGACGUGUUGAUCCGAUUUCUCCAGACAUUGUGGUUGAGAAAUAUUGAGAAAUACACUGUUGUUUGUAUGACCUGAGAAUUUGUAUAGUUGUCCUGCAUCGUAUUUGCGGCGGUGCACAGCCACUCUGUAAGAGUGAAGCUACUUUUGAGUCGUUGAUAAGGACAUUUGAACAGAUGUUUAAUGGGUGUCGAUCCAUAAAACCGGUUGUGAUAACUAAAAUGGUUUGAUUCAGUUUUUGGUUAACAAAAUAUAUUGUCCAAACCACUUCAGUUAAUAAAUUAAACUUUUUUCUAAAACUAUUAAACUCCUUCAGCCUGAUAUAAUUAUUCAGCUUUAGAUGUGUCACAUCACUUUGUUCCGCAGCUUUCACUUUAUGCCUCAUUUCCACAGAAUGCCAAUGUCCCACUUUCACAGUCUUGAUGUACGGUUGCAGUUAUACACCACGUAAAUACAUUGCAUUGUGAAGUUUCGCAAAGCCUUCCACCUUUCUGCACCACAUGUGUGCCUAACUUUGCACUGACCACAAACGUGACCAUGUGUGUGGUAUUGGAAUGCGGUAUGCCGAGGAAAAUCUCCACCCUUGUGGCAAUGUUUUCCAUUGGUGGUCUGUACUUGGAGGAGGGUGGCAUAGUGUGUGGGACUGCUAGCUCCGUGCUUUUGAUUUGACAACAUGGGUGGGAAAGUCUUCGUGGUGGGACCCCCCCCCCUCCCCCCAACUAAAGCAACAA